AUGAUUUUAGACAAUCUGCGGUUCUAUUGCUCGGCCUGCGGCAAAUCCUACUCGCUGAAAAAGAACCUGAAGCGCCACCAAAAGGUCGAGUGCGGCAAACAGAAAACUCUCUUCUGCGGUUUCUGCAACAAGAGCUACUACUACAAGCAGGAGCUGCAGAUCCACCUCAGGAUGAGGCACGGCUACUUCGAUGCAUCGAAUCGAGUAAUCGAACGAGGCGUUGUUUCAGGUCCGCCCGACCAGGCGAUCGUGUGCGAGAAAUGCUGGAAAAUUUUCAGAAACGCCAAUUCGCUGCGUUGCCAUCGCAUCACCGAUUGCGGCAAGCCGAGGAACAAACGUUGCCGCGUCUGCGGCUACUCGACCACCAGGUCCAACAAUCUCAAACAGCACAUGGUCAAAUACCAACAUUUUUGA